UUGCCCAUACCGUAAAAUUGUUUGCAAGCCGCCCUAGAGCUGACUGAUCUGGUGUAGAUACAAGAUGUUCUUUACAUCUUAUCUGAGCCUGUUAGCUUAGACUUGGAGGGCAUCAUGCUACAGAGGAACCUCAUGAGGAAACUCUUGUCACCGGAGUAUAGCAUUAUACCAAGAUUAAUCGCAAACUUCUCACAAAGAACGCCUCAGUCAGAGAUCAUACCUCAGAUCAGUCACAGAUGGCGUCGUUCACUGAACACAACGUCGUCAAGAUGCAGCUCGUCCAGCCGCGGUGUCAACUGGGACAACUUUGGCAUCUGGGACAACAGGAUUGAGGAACCCAUCCUCCUACAGCAAAGCAUCAAGCAUGGGAUCCCGAUACCAAAGAUAUCUGUCGGGCGCAUCGGAAAGGACUCCCUCAUUGGUCGCCGGGCAGAGAACGAAGAUCGGAUAUGCAUCAAAGAACUCCAUCCAAACCUUCUGUAUGUCGGUAUCUUCGAUGGACACGCGGGAUCUAUGGCCGUAGAUUAUGUUCAUCACAAUUUAGAGUUUCAUCUCAACUUCUGGUUGGAGAGAGAGCAUGAUUUGCAGAUUGUGCUGAAGAAUGCGUUUGAGGAUCUGAACAAUAAACUGACUCGUUACCUCUAUUUUCAUUACCCAGAGGCUGAAUAUGAAAACUCAGGCUCAACAGCUACCGUUUCGCUACUUCGCAAUGGAAAUGAGUUGGUCUUGGCUAACUUGGGCGAUAGUCGUGCCAUUCUCUGUCGCAAUGGAAAGGCAAAGAGAUUGACCGACGACCAUGACCCAGAGUACAACACCGCAGAAAAAGAGAGAAUCAAAGCUGCUGGGGGAUCCUUCACCUGGAACAGUUUGGGGAAGCCCCUUGUGAACAGUGUAUUGACCAUGACCAGAAGCUUUGGUGACGUCACCCUGAAGAGAUAUGGGGUCAUCGCGACCCCAGAAACAAGGUCACUUGAGGUGAAGCACGGAAGGGACAGUUUCCUUGUCUUCUGCACAGACGGAGUGCAUUUUGUGAUGAAUGACCAAGAGAUGUGUGAUUCAAUCAGCCUGUGCCACAACCCCCAGGAGGCUGCUAGCUUCAUCUGCGACCAAGCUCUGCAGUUUGGCAGUGAGGACAAUGCUAGUGUGAUCGUUGUUCCCCUGGGCCAGUGGGGACGCGACAAUGGGCCCACCCUUAUACACAGUCUGCGAUGGCAAGGCAGGUCCAGAGCUUGAUGUUGGAUGGAUCUGCGACCAGGCUCUCCAGUUUGACAGUGAGGACAAUGCUAGUGUGAUCGUGGUUCCCCUGGGCCAGUGGGAACGCAACAAAUGGACCCACCCUCAUGCACAGUCUACGGUGGCAGGGCAGGUCCAGAGCUUGAUG